AGACAGCUAGAGAGGCAGUCAGAGAGAGAGAGAGUUCCAUAACCUCCUCUACUGGAUUCAAACCCCAGGGUUUGAACUGGGAUUGAUCUGGGACAGGGAGCAGGAGAGCUGGGCUGGGCCAGGAUGAGGGUUCUUCCAGUCGGUCUUUGUGUGUGGUUCUGCUUUUUAUCCUGCGAUUCCCAGGAGCUGGAUCCGAAGGGAAGGAAUGUCUGUCAGGGAGAGAGUGAGUCCGCAGCUCUGGGGUGCUGUCCUGGGUGGAAGCAGCAGGGGACAGACUGCCCAGUCCCCCUGUGUGAAGGAGCCAGCGCGUGCGGGGAGGAUGAGGUGUGUGUGAAGCCUGGGUUCUGCCGCUGCAAGCAUGGUUACUACGGACCGAACUGCAAGACUCGCUGUCCCACCAUGUACUGGGGCCCCGAAUGCAAGGAGUUCUGUGCGUGCCACCCCCACGGGCGAUGCGACCCCGUGACUGGCCAGUGCACCUGCAACCCCAACCGCUGGGGCUCCCUGUGCCAGCACCCCUGCCGUUGUGGGCGGCACGGCCGCUGUGACCCCCUCCAUGGGAACUGCACCUGCGAGCCUGGCUGGUUUGCACUGGCCUGCAACAAGCCGUGCCAGUGCCAGCCUGCCAGCUCCACCUGUGCCCCCGCCACUGGGAGGUGCCUGUGUCACCAGGGUUACUGGGGCAAGAAGUGCAGCUUGCUGUGUAACUGCCCCCACUCCCCCUGUGACCAGGACACAGGCACCUGCCAGUGCACGGCUGGGUGGUGGGGGCCUCUCUGCGACCGUCUCUGUGACUGCCGGCAUGGGGGGGUGUGUGACCCCACCACCGGGGGGUGCGUCUGUCAACCGGGGUACCAGAACCCCACCUGCAGUGAACGGUGCUCCGCCGGUUUCUACGGCAACCAGUGCCAGAACAGGUGUGGCCGGUGCAGGCAGGCCCAGCCAUGCUCCCCGACGGACGGGUUCUGUGUGGCCUGCGAGCCUGGCUGGAACGGCACCCGCUGCGACCAGAUCUGUCCGCACGGUUACCACGGGGAUGGCUGCAAGUUGGAAUGCCCUCGCUGCCGGAACGGGGAGCCCUGCGACCCUGUGACAGGAAACUGCUCACACUGUGACCCGGGCUGGAUCGGACCAAGGUGUGACUCCCAGUGUCCUGAGGGGCUGUAUGGAGCCCACUGCCGGUUUGAGUGCUCCCCCUGUAACCAUGGACAAUGUGAUCAUGUGACAGGAAGCUGCAUCUGUGAGCCUGGUUACCAGGGUGACAGCUGCAAUGCUACCUGCACAGGUGCAUUCUAUGGAGUAAACUGCUCGACCCCGUGUGACUGCUACGGAGACUCCUGCCACCUGGUGACCGGAGGCUGCCACUACAGGUCGGGGGGCCGUGGCACGCUCAUCGCUGGAGUCCUCACCCCCCUCCUCCUCAUCCUGAUGCUGCUCACCUGCUGCUGCUGCUGUGGAGGAGGGAGCCAGCAUGAGCCCAAAGACAGGCUGGCGGUUGCUGACGGGGGUCCCUUGGCUAGAAUGAAGCACCAUGUCCACGGGGUUCUAGGGAACCUGAGCUCAGCAGUCCCUUGCUUCUCCCUGGGGUCCUCUACCUUGCCCCGGGUCACUGUGUCCCACCACGAUGCUGAGGUUACCUUCAACCACAGCUUCAUCGAGCCCCCCUCUGCGGGCUGGGCAUCCGAGAACUCCUUCUCCUCCUUCGACAGCGAAGACGGGGGACCUGUUUACUGCCUCCCUCCGAAAGAAGAUAUCGCCACAGUGGCCGGAGGGGAGUUCCAGGAAAUGAGCUCCAAGUGCAACAUCUUCCACGAUGCCUCUGCCUUCAAUGCGGAGGACGUGUCUCAGCCCUUCGCCAUCCCCCGCACCUCCAGCAUCGCCAAGGCCAAGCGGCCCUCUGUCUCCUUCGCAGAGGGCACCAAGUUCGGGGCCACCGAGAUCCCGAACAUAAACAGCAAGCCCAAAACCCCCUGGGGUAUCCCCAAGCUCCUCACCAUCCAAUCACAGCCCUCUGCAGGAGAAGGAGUGGGGGAGGAGACAGCACAGGGCGAGGACAGCCAACUGUACGAGAGCACAGAAAUCCUCAGAGCCAAUCCGGAGCAGGCAGAUGAGACAGCAAGCCACCUCAAACCAGCCAGGAGACGGACAAUGUCCAACGGCAUGAGAGACGCCGCUGCGCAGCAGAUUACAGAGGAGCCAGUUUCAGAAGAGAGUGGCAGCCCUGAGAAAAUCUCUACUGUGUGCGUGAUGGCGGGGGGAGCCGGAUACCCCUCCAAGCCUCAGGCUGAGUCCAGCAAGGAGGGUCCUGUCCAGGCGGUCUUGAGGAGGCUGGGAAGCCUUCAGCAGCACAAAGAUGCAGCCAGCAAGCCCAGAGGCAAGGGGGACAGUAUCUCCAAACCGCCCAGGAGGAAGCUGGGAGCCAGGGCCGGCCCCUGGCAGCAAGGGGCUGCCGACUCUUCAACCUCCGAUGAGAGUCCUAUGAAGCCGACUAGAACCCAGGUCAAGCCUUUAAAUGCCACGGGUUCCGCAACCAGUGUACAGGAGGAUGCUACAGAAAAUGAGCCGCUGAUUCCCUCCUCCUCCACUCUCGGGAAUGGCGUGAUGACGUCGGGAGAGGAGGCAGGAACAGGGCAGGAGAUGGUGGGCAGCCAGUCAUGUGAUCAGAACCCAGAAGGCGGCACAGAGCAGGACUAUCUGGGCACAGCCAGCCAAAAUGACAGCGACCACGAGGCACCCAAAUAUGAAAAUGUGGCGUGCUUUAAAUAGGCACCAGAUACCAAUACAAAAAAUAAGAAUAUGAGAAUAUCACUUUUAACGUGGAUUUAUUGGAAACCAUAUAUAUAUAGGUGAUCGGUAAAACUGUGGCUAUUUUAGUGGGAUUUUGUAAAUUCAAGUGGUUUAAUGGAGUGCUCUUUUUAAACAAGAUCCAGUGCCAGAUUCAUUCUAGAGUCAGGACUGAUACGACUUCAGCUGUGAUUAUAACAUAGAAACCAAAUUACGUUUACUAGUACUAUCUUUUUUCUAAGGAGUAUAUAUUUUUGUGGUUCUUUCACUGUUAUCAAAUACAAAUACAUAAUGAUCAUGCA